AUGAUGGAUUAUAGCAACUUCGACCGGGUCUUUGGCUCAGUCGAUUCGUUUCCCUACCACCGCAAUUUCAUUCAAGAGGCAGAAGUCAACCGUCGCAGCUUCGAUGGCGCCCUCUUCAUCGAUCGCGUCCUCGGUGCAUUGGGCCUUUCCAAAGUGGUCAAAAACUACCCUCCCAAAUCCGAGGCCAUCCUCCGCCAGAUCCACGAGUCUAUCGCCUCUCCUGCCACCAUCGCAACCCACCACAAGCUUUCCGUGCUGUUUUACUUCUUGCUCGACAUUGACGAGCAAUCGCCCGCCAACUUCUCCCGCGCCGACCGGUUCGCCUCGCGCGCUGGCGUCCCACCCAAAUACCAAGUCUUCAUGCGCGGCCUCUGGUGCCUCGACCGACAAGCCUUCACCGCCGCAUUGGAGUUCUUGGCCCACCCCUCCCUGCUUCCCGAGUUCGCCGACGACAUUAUCACCGUCCUCGUGCGCUGUGCAUCCAAAGGCGGCGACUACACCCUCCCAUUGGCAUACUAUCACACCGUGCAGCCCGUCCUCAAGUCACCGACAUCAAUCCAACUCCUGUUUGACGCAAUGGCCCACUCCAACGUCACCGAGGCGCUGCAAUUUUCGCGUGCACGGCCCCAAGAGAUGCAACAGCAGCUCUUCCACCGCUUGGUCAUGAGUGUGCUUGGGGACGCCCGAGACGAGGAGAGCGCCGAGAGGGCCUAUCAGCUCGCCAGUCUCCCACUGUACAAGAACGAGGAGGGCUGGCUCAAGGAGGCGCUGACGAGUGGGCAUGCAAAGCGCUUCAAGGGGGCAAGAGACACACUGCUCAUGCGCCGCAUUGCCGUUGGCGAGAGCGGCGUCAUAGGCGACAAGGGGGCGUGGGUAGUGCUGAUGGAAGGGUUCAAGGUCGGCAGUGGAGGGCGAACUUGA